AGUAUUAGUUUGUGAUUUGUGAGCUCUCGUAACGGCGGUUAAUUCGGAGGAAUAAUAUAAUGAUGUGCUAGCUACGUAUUGUCUGACUUACUGAGUCAAAUCGUUUUGUUUUUACUCUGUAUUAUAUAUAUAUUUAUAUUAUAAAUAUAAUUAAUAAAAGUUGAUUAAUCAAAACCACGACUAGAGGAAAAUACACAAACAUGGAGUUUCUGAAAUCGCUACGGUUGAGGUUGUUCCUGAUGCUGGGAGCAAGUAUUAUAUUUAUUACAACUGCAAGUUGUUCCGUUGAUGAAAAAUGCGCAGUGAGUAAGUACAGGAACGCUGACGGACGAUGCAAUAACGUCCAUCGACCGAAUUGGGGCAAACGGAACUCACCGUUUCUUCAAUUUCCAUCGGAAGUUCAAAAUGAAUCGUAUUCGACUAAAUGGCCUGAAGCUUCGGAUGUGGCAGAAAUAUUAAGUAGGUCUUUUAUAGCUGGCAAUAAACAUUUGACUGUUAUGUCGGGGAUGUGGGCCGAUUUUAUUAGGUUGGAUAUAGCCAUGGAAAAUAUAACUGACAGUGCAGUAUUUUUGAACGCUGCGACUAGUUUCUUAGAUGCAUCUCCGAUAUACAAUAGUGUUUCUUGUGAAGCAUCCACCAUGAAAGUCACUAAAACUGAAUCGGGACAUCUAAAAAAGACUCCGUGUUCUAGUUCUACGUCCCAAAACUCCGAUUAUUCGACAACAAUUCACAAUUUAUUAAUAUUGGAACAUAAUCGUCUAGUGGAAAAAUUGAGGGAUGUCAAUCCAGGAUGGUCAAACAAUACGCUUUUUGAAGAAGCUAAACGAAUAACAAUUGCUCAAUUGCAACACAUCACGUAUUACGAAUUUAUUCCCAAUGUCGUUGGACACGCAAUGAUGAAUGAAUGGAAUCUAAAUCCAUUAAAACAUGGAUAUUACUCAGGUUAUUCAAGUUCUAAUCAACCUGGUACUAUGCAAAGCGUAUAUGCAACGGUUUUACCCAUGUUGCCAUCAAUUAUAUUCGAUAAAUACAAUCAAAACAAUUUAGGCGAUAUCGAAAACUACAGUUUGCCAAAAAAAAAUAUCGAGAUGCUGUUGAAUUUGGGUAGACAAAUGAAAAUCCCUGGUUAUAAGGUAUGGAAAAAUGUUUGUUCAAGUGGAUCAUUAGAAUCCGAUGAUCAAGGUGUAGAUAAAAUUAAUAAAACAUUAUACAGAACUUACAGUGAAAUAGAUUUGCUAUCUGGAGGUUUACUAGAAACACCAUUGAAGGGAGCCGUUUUUGGUAAAACAUUUUCUUGUUUACUCGCAAAUCAAUUUUCUAUAAUCAAGAAUAGUGAUCGAUUUUGGUAUGAGAACGAUUUUCCACCAUCUACGUAUAGCAAAAGUCAAUUGCAAGAGAUUAGACAAAGCACAUUGGCUGGAAUUAUUUGUGAAAACUUUGAAGACGUAACGAUGAUACAACCGAAAGCAUUUAUUGAUCGAGAUGAUUAUUUAAAUCAUCCAAUAAAUUGUGACCAACAUUCUAAACUAGAUAUUUACCAAUGGAAAGAUAAUUCAGUGAUCGGUAACGACCAAAUGACAGUUAAUAAAACGGAACAAGAUUCUGAACAGAUUAACAAUCAAAUUCUAGUAAGAGAAGCGUGGAGAAAGGCCGAAGAUGACGUUAGCAGAAGAAAGCAAACUGAAUUUCUGUUAUGGUCAAAAAAAGGAGGAGUAGACCCAAAGUCUCCUCUUGGAACAGCUGCUGCAUUUAGUAAAGCAAGUAAAUCAUCAUUAAUAUUGGCAAAUAACUCACUAUUAUUUGAAUACGCUUCAAAAGAAAUAUUGAAAUCAUUAGAUAAACGACGUCGUCGUCGUCAAGUCUUGGACAGUAUUGGUGAUCCAUUAUUUAGCUUAAAUUCUUUAGGACAUAACUUCUUCGAUACCUUGCAAUUUACUGAACUUUAUACUCCACCGAUACAUUUCAGUGACGGUGAAUGUCCUAUUGAAACACAUCCUUGUGACGCGCAUAAUCCAUAUAGAUCAUUUAGUGGCUACUGUAAUAAUUUAAAUAAUCCAAAUUUUGGUAAAGCAUUGACGACUUUUCAACGUUUAAUGCCAGCUGCUUAUGAAAAUGGAAUAAAUCAUCCAAGAGUGACAUCCGUGACUGGUGUACCAUUACCAUCUGCUCGAUUAGUGAGUGCUAUGUCUCAUCCAGAUAUCAGUCAUUUACACGGCCGUUACACGCUAAUGCUUAUGCAAUUCGCUCAGAUCUUAGAUCAUGACAUAACAUUUACACCAGUUCACAAAGGAUAUUUCUCUUCUAUACCCGACUGCCGAUCAUGUGAUAGUCCUAUAACAGUUCACCCUGAAUGCAUGCCGAUACAAAUACCCGAUGGUGAUCCGUUUUAUCCAAAUGUAAAUCCAUCUACUGGUGUUAGAAUGUGUUUACCGUUUAUGAGAUCUCUACCAGGUCAACAACGUAUGGGUCCUAGAGACCAAACCAAUCAAAAUUCUGCGUACUUGGAUCUGUCCAGCGUUUAUGGUUCAGAUUCAUGUAUGGCUAAAGACCUUAGAGCAUUUCACAUUGGAAAGCUGAAUGUUACAGUACAUCACAUACCAUUGAGAAAAGAUUUAAUGCCUCAAUCGUCUUUACAUCCAGAAUGUAAAUCUUCAUCUGGCUACUGUUUUAUAGGAGGUGAUGGUCGAGUGAGUGAACAAGCUGGGUUAACUUCACUCCACACAAUAUUUAUGAGAGAACACAAUCGUAUUGCCGAAGUUUUACACAGACUUAAUCCACACUGGAAUGACGAAAUAAUAUAUCAAAAUACAAGAAAAAUAUUUACAGCAACUUAUCAGCAAAUUGUAUACAACGAAUUCUUGCCACGUAUCUUAGGUUGGGAUGCUGUGGAUAAAUAUGAUUUGAGACUUUCUUCAGCUGGAUAUUACAAAAGCUAUUCUCCCGAUUGUCAUCCGGGACCUUUUACUGAAUUUGCCGUAGCCGCUUUUCGAAUAGGUCAUAGCUUAUUAAGGCCUCAUAUUCCUAGAAUGUCACCGUCAUACCAUCCUCUGGAACCAGCAUUGUUAUUGAGAGAUGUAUUUUUCAAUCCUGACGUAAUUUAUAGGGACCAAAUGGUUGAUGAGAUAGUAAGAGGUCAAGUGAGCACACCUAUGGAAAAUUUAGAUCAAUUUAUUACUGGUGAAAUUACUAAUCAUUUGUUUGAAAACGUGAAAGUACCACAUUCUGGACAAGAUUUACCCGCUUUAAAUAUUCAAAGAGGACGUGAUCAUGGUAUACCAUCAUAUAACUCAUUUAGAGCAAGAUGUGGUCUUCGACGUGCAAAUACUUGGGAAGAUUUGACAAGAGAACUGUCUCCAGAAGUUAUUGUCAGGUUUAAAACAAUAUAUGCCAGUCCAGACGAUAUUGACUUAUUUCCUGGAGGUUUAAGUGAAUAUCCAGUGAAAGGUGGCCUCGUGGGGCCAACUUUUGCAUGCAUCAUAGGCUUACAAUUCAGACACCUGAAACAGUGUGAUCGUUUUUGGUUUGAAUCUGAUAACCCAUUGUUUAGAUUUUCUGAAGCUCAACUUGCAGAAAUCCGAAAAGCAACAUUAGCUAAAAUAUUAUGUGAAAAUAUGGAUGUACCCAGUGAUUUGCAAAAGGCAGCAUUUGAUCAACCAAAUGAUUACCUAAACCCACGUCUUCCUUGUCCAGUCUUACCAACAAUCGACUUAACGCUUUGGAAAGAUAAUCAACAAUCUUGCAAUAUUAACGGCCAUAUUGUUGCAGUUGGUGAAUCACAUUUGCCUUCACCUUGUACUAGCUGUAUUUGUACAUCUGAAGGUUCUAACUGUGCUUCAUUAAGAGUAACUGAUUGUGGUCGCUUGAUGAAUGAAGUCGGGAUUGAUAAAAUGAUGCGAGAUGAUGUUUGUGCUGCACAAUGUUCUGGAUUUGUUGAACAAAGUUUGCUGAGCAAAGACCCGCUGAUAUUAUCAUCUAGACCAGAUGUGCCCUCAUUUUUAAUCCCUCCAGAAAGGGGUUCAAGGUUUUUAGAAGAAGUAGAUUUAUUACCACCUCCUCAUACAUUAAGACCUCGACCAUUUAGAAGGUUAAAGGGUAGAAGAAGGCCGUUUAGGAAAAAUUUUCAAUUUCCUGACGAAUCAAUAAUUAUUUAAUUUGAAAAUAUUGUUAAUUUAGUUAAUAAUCAUUCACGUUUUAUCAAUUGCAUAAUAUUCCCAAGAAAUUGAGACAUCUAUUUUUAUAUGCAUACUUUAUAAAUUCAACUAUUCAAAUAGUUUCACAAUUUUAUUUGAAUCAAUCGAAUAAUUUGUGUGGUGUAUACAAAUAAAUAAAAAAGGGUUUUAUCAUAAGCACAAACAUACUAAAUAAUUAACGAUUCAUUAUAAAUAAUGCCAUACUUGAAUAGGAAUAAAAUAAAUAUAUGUGUAAUUAAGUUUUUUUUAAAUUAUGCAUAUUAGUUGUAAGUAAUUUUGUUUAAAAAUAAUUGCUCUAUAGUACCUACUUGAAAAUCAGAAAACGCUUAGUCAAGACUGUUAGUACAUCGUCUAGUUCGUUUUUUUUUUUUGUAUAACGAGAUGCAUUAAGAUAUAAAACAAAUAAGUACUCACAUUUUCUUAUGAACUAAAAAGUAAAAAAUAAUGUUUUUCUUUUAUAGUUUCAAAGUAUAGUUUUCACCAAAAUCAUAUUAUAUCAUAAAUAUUAAUACGCUUUUAGUUUUUAAAUUUUGAUUUGUAUUACUUAUAAUUAUAAAUGUAAAUGUAAAAAUGUAUCUUGUAUAAAGUAUGUAGGUAUUAAAUAUGUAGGUACUUACUUAAAUUUAAAUGCGUACUCUGCCAACUUUUUGUGUUUAUACAAAAUUAUAUAUUACAAUUAUUACAAUAAUGAAUAAUAUAAUAUUAUUAUGAAAAGUUAAAGUUGGCAGUAAAGACCCUUUAACAAUACUUCAAAUCUAAUUACUAUCUACUAAGUAUAAUUUAUUGUCCCUAUAUUAUGUCUAUUUGACUCAUGAAUUAUGUACAUAUAAAUUAAUAAAUAUUAAUUCAAUACAUUUAACUCAAUUUUAUUGAUGGUAUACGUUUUUAAUAUUUUAUUUUUAUUUUAUUAAUUCACACAUUUUGGCACUCAUUUUAACUUACAAACAGCAAAUGAAUUCAAAUAAUUUUUUUUUAAAUUAAAUCCUAAUUUAAUAUUUUUAUUGAAUGUAUACACUUCUUAAUAGAUUUAAAAACAAAAAAAUACUAAGUAGUUAAAAAAAACUAUAGCAGUGGGUAUAAAUAAUCUCUGAGCCAUACUCAUUUGAGCCAUACUAGCUAGUAAUAACUAAUAAGAGUAUUGAGUGCUAUACUUUUGGAAAUUUUUAUUUAACAUAUUUAAUAUUUAUAAAAUAUAUGUACAAAUGCAGUAUUAGUAUGGCCAUAGAAGCUUAGAGGAUAAAUAAAAAAGGAUAACUAAUACAAACAGUACUUAGGAGAUUUAAAAGAAAUAUAAUUUCUAAAAAUGAUCUGAUGAUUUAACUUCACAUAAAAAUGUAAAUUGUAUUUAUUUCUAUAUAAGUAAAAAAUAUUUUUUCAUAAUACAUAACCAUAUACCUAUGUAUUUAAUAAUAAAACCAUUAUAACAUAAAAUAUCUAAAAAUAAAAAAUUAAUUAUGUAUUUUUUAUACUAACAAAUACCUAUGUAUAAAUGUGACUAUAGCUGUUAUUGUUAUAGCUUAUAUAUGUUUAUACUGAUAGAUCAAAGUGCUAAUAUUAAAUGUAACUAGUAAUUUAAUUAUGAUUAUAUUGUAUAUAGUACGAAUGUAUGAUAUUUAUUUUUAUUUUAUCUUUUUGUUCAAAAUGUUGUCAUAUUAUAAAAUAAUAAAAGUUUAUUAUUGCA